CCCCGAAGCAAUUGAUGCGCUACAACAGAGCCUCGACGGCUCCGCUGCCACUGAUGCAAACCUGCUGCAUCCCGACGUACUUUUUCUAUCCUGACACGAGCCAAUGGCGGUUCAAUAUGACUCCAAGCCGUCCCUACCCUCUUCGAACCUCCGUCGAACCUGGCCUUGUUAGUCUUCAAAGUUGCCUCCAGCUUUGCUGUCGCUGCUUGAUCGUUGUCUCCCCUUUCUUUCACAGCUGGACAGCCUGCUUCUUUUCUGCAUUCGCUCCGGCCCGUCCCAACCUGUUGAACCGACUUCUAGCCUCAUGACUGGUUGAAGGGCGGGAAAGCCACGAUAUUGAGGCUUUCAGAGUGAUAUCGCUCACCGUCAUCAACUUCAGGAUACUUUCAACGUUUAGCUGGGGGGCUUGGAAUACAAAACAACACUUGCGGCCGUUGAGAAUGCUCUCACUAUCACCAAGAGACAGUCCUUCCUCGCCGACUACUCCACCAAAGACGCACCACGUGCACAAGUCGCUCGUUUUGCAUAUCCUCACACCGGUCGAGGAACCUCUGUCAACAUCCCCAAGACCCUCGCAACUGUCACCAGGUCUAGUGCCUCACGCCGGUCUUUGACUCUUUGGUGCGCUACUCUGAGAUCCUUAGUCUUUCCGCCAUGGCAGAUGGAAAGAACGAAGCUCGUGCGAUGCGGGUUCUAGAGAUCAUGAACGACUUCCGGACACUGCAGAUGCACAUAUCCUCACUCGUCAGCCGGAGUGAGGCCAACCCUCCAGACCAGCAAUCCUACUACUUGGACGGGUACGUGGUCCUUCGACAAAGUGCGGCAGAGUCACAGGCGAUCCUCGCCACUCAUUACAAUCCGGGGAAUUUGGGACUACAAGCUGGCAACGUUCCGGAGACUGAGGUCCAAAAGGCGACGCUACAGAGAAUUAUAUUGGAUUCCUCGACGCGACGGUUUCAGGCUCACAAAAUCUACCUCCGGGCAUCAAGUGGGAUGAGAUGGGUUCAAAUGCGGGCUCGUAUCUUGAGAGGAGAACAACCGAGUCAAAAACAUGCCAACGCAUUGCGUACCGCUGAUUUACGCCUUCGUGAGGAACUAAAUCAGAUCACAGAUGACCACGUCGUCAAUGAUCUGCGCAAUGCGGACCGACGAAAGGGGUACUGGAUCGACGAGGACCCGACUUUGGAGAGAAUGCUGUCGUGGAUCAGAAUGCAGAGAUGAUGGGAGCGGGGGCAGUAUGCAGAGUACUGGGGGGCUGGCUUUGCGAACGAGCUCACGCUCCAGCUGGCACUUGGGUGACCGUUGCAAGUCAAGGCGAUGCGCAUCAAUCAUGAGUGUAACUGCGGGAAGGAGGGGAUUGGAUGUCAUCAUGACGAUGUUGAUUGGUCUUGGCAACUGUUUUCCUGCUGGCAGGAACGUGUUGGCAACGACAAUCUGAAAAGAAGGGAUCAUUUGUAUUUCGGGAAAGGCAAAGCGAAGCAUAGUUUGGUGUUUUGGUGCUCAUGGAAGUUGUUGCUCAAAGGGCGUAAAGCGACAGGCGGACCUUGAGAUAUGUUUGGAUGGGAGGUGGAUAGAAUGGCAAGGUGCCUAGAUACCUACCUAGCUAGACUACGAUGGAAACCAAUGGCUCGAAUCGAGGCAAGGCCACGCGGGGUCGCUCCUUGGUAAUUUUGU